GGGCCAUCAGCGCAACUGAAGGUGCCAGCUUUUUUGUCAUUGGUGUGCCACCCUUCACUCUACACCAUCUUCCAACUCCAUUGAACAUAUAACCACGACCUCACCCUCCCUUCCGUUGUCGCCAUGUCGUCUCAUCAGAGGACGCAAGCGCAAGCAAUCGAUUGAGAACGCGCUCGAGCCCGGCCCCGGCCCAGACCCGAAGAACCCCAUUGCAUUCUGGGCCGAGCACGGACACUGGCCAGAGGAGCAGGACUCCCCCAUAAGCCAUCUACUUGCGCGCAAGAAAUCUUCAUUCUAUGAUGAAAAGAAAUCUUCAUCCUAUGAUGAUAUGUCCCGUAAGCGACCGAGCUCUACCAUCACGGCCACGACGCCCAGCGACCAGAGGCCGAGGGAGGAGAAGAGCGCCCCAUAUGAAGACCCGCGCUAUGAGACCUUGCUCGAGCUCAACGGCAGCUACAUGGUCGAGGAUCCUGUAGGAUUAGCCAGCGCCAGCAGGGAUCUUUGUCGGUCUCUCCUCGAAAACUCGCAGCCAAUUCCAAGCGAUACACUCUUCCGAGACGACAUCUUCAAAACAACCAUCCAGAACCUGCGCCAGAAAAAUGAGGCGCGGGUGAUUCAAGAUAUCACUCGGCUUAUUGUCCCUUCAGCCGAAAAUCUUUUUAUCUUUGGUGGUGCAAAGCACCUUGAUGUCCUAACCGAGAGUGUUAACGAAGGGUGGAAUAAUUCGAUUCCCUUGACUGAUCCCCGUCCACAGCCUGACUAUUCCGUUGGGUUCAGGCGUACUGCAUUUACCAAGGACCAAUUCGACAAACUAUCACCAUUUAUUGGCGACUUCCUCGGCGGGGAUCAAUCAUUCUUUAUGGCUACGUACUAUAUAUACUUCCCAUUCUUAACCUGUGAGGUGAAGUGCGGCGCCACCGCGCUCGACACCGCAGACCGGCAGAAUGCCCAUAGUAUGACCCUUGCGGUACGGGGUAUUGUCGAACUCUUCCGUUGUGUCAAGCGCGAGAACGAGGCUAACCGGCAGAUUCUCGCCUUCUCCAUUUCACACAGUAACGAAGACGUACGGAUCUACGGCCACUACCCGGUAAUAAAUGGAAAGGAUACUAAAUACUACCGCUAUCUGAUCAAGAGGAUUGAUCUCAUCGACCCAGACGGGAAGGAUAAAUGGGUAGCGUAUCGAUUCACCAGGAAUGUCUACGACAUAUGGAUGCCCGCUCACUUUAAGAACAUCUGUUCUGCCGUUGAUCAAUUGCCGUCAGAUUUGGAUUUUGGUGUCCCACCACUCUCUGGGGCAUCCGGACUUUCCCAGGAUGAGUCCGUCGAACAGAACAGCCGGUCAAGCAACGCUGGUGUCACCCCAGACACUUCGUUUACAAGACCGGAAGCAAGACCGGAGGCGGCAAAAAGGCGGAAGGGUCAAGCCUAGAAGUGGAUGGUUUGGAUUGGGUUACCAAGGAUGUAGGGGGGAACAGUAUGGUUGAAGAUCUGAAGGACCGAAGUUGCUUACUUGUUAUUUUGUUUUGGUUUUUGUUUUUGUUUUUUUUUCCUUUCUCCUUUCUCCUUUUUCUUUUUUUUUUUCUUCUUUUUCUUCUUUUUUUUUCUUUUCUUUUCUUUUCUU